AUGGUUCGAAACAAGUUUGCAAUGAACGUUUACAAUCCAAGAUUUGACAAUGAUUUCGUUCCUCAUGACAUUAAAGCUGCAUUGGAGACAGCACCUAAAAAGCCUACAAUGAUAGGAUUUACUUCACACGAGUCAAUGUUUCUUUCUAUUCAAUAUCCCUCCUCCGUUUUUGCUUUGAAUUCGCCCUUAUCUAUUGUUAAUUUUACUCAAUUUGAUCGCUCCAAACUGAUCAAUUUUAUCCAUAAUUAUAUCCAUCGUGAAAGAGGAAAAGCAACCGAAGAAGAAGCAGAACAAAUAGCCAAGGAAUUGGAAUCUUUUUAUUUGGAAUAUCAAAAGAAGAAUAUUGGAAAGGGGGAUUGGAGAUAUUUUUUGGAACAAUAUACAAUGUUAUUAAGCGAUGUUCAAUUUGUUAUACCAAUUUUGGCAGAAGCACGUUUAAAGGCUGCUAAUAAUUGGCCUGUAUUUCUUUAUCAAUUUGAUCAUGUAAAUAAAGAACAUAUUUCCAAACUUCCAUUUAGAGGUGUUGUACAUGCAGGAGAAUAUCCUUAUUUAUUAGGUCCAACACUUUUUGGUAAUUAUUUGUUAGAUAAUGAGGAUGAUAGAAAAGUGCAAGCUUUGUUAUUGUAUGCUUAUGGAAGUUUUGUAAAAAAUGGGUAA